AAUUCCCAUUGGUCAACAUCCAUUCGCAAGGAGUCCCGGGUAUAGUAUUGUUAAAGGCUCUAUUUUUUCUCUCGGUCUUGAACCGAAAUUGUUUCCGAUCUCCUCAGUUCCACAACCAAAUAACGAAAUGGCUGGUGGUAAGGCAGGGAAAGACAGUGGCAAAGCUAAGGCGAAAGCGGUGUCGCGCUCCCAGAGAGCUGGACUGCAGUUCCCAGUGGGUCGUAUCCACAGGCACUUGAAGACUCGUACUACCAGCCAUGGCCGUGUAGGAGCCACAGCGGCCGUGUACAGUGCUGCCAUCCUCGAAUACCUCACUGCUGAGGUGCUGGAGUUGGCGGGCAACGCUUCCAAAGAUCUGAAGGUGAAGCGCAUCACUCCUCGCCACUUGCAGCUCGCUAUCCGUGGAGACGAGGAGUUGGACUCCCUCAUCAAGGCCACCAUUGCUGGAGGAGGUGUGAUCCCUCACAUCCAUAAGUCCUUGAUCGGGAAGAAGGGCCAGCAGAAGACUGCAUAGACAGACCAUCUUGUUGACUGUGAAGGCUUGUAUUCUGACUGGACUGUGUUCGGAGACACUUGUAUUCAGACUGACUUGACUGACCAGAACUUCACAUUUGAUAUUUUAUUAAUAUUAUAGUUAACGAUGAGUGAUUAAGUUUUUUUUUUUUUUUUUUUUCAUUAUUGUAAUAUUUCCCAUAAUGAGAGAACUCUUAAGACAAACACAUUUGUAUUAGGGCUGGGCGAUUAUGGUCUAAAAAUCUGUUAUGUUUAAAAAAAAAAAAAGUCUGACUUAUGGGCGGUUCCUAAAUGUAAUUUUAAAAAGUUAUUGUACAAUUUAAGUCAUACACUGCAUUUAAAAAAAGUCGAGCAACAAUCUAAUCCAUUGCUUGUGAAAUUAUACCUAGGCUAAAUAUAAGCCUUCCACAACACACAAAUUAUUUUAUCAAAGUAGUUUAACAUGCUUUUUGCCAUCGCUGAUCAAGUUUAUGGAAAUUCCCCUUUCCUUACAAAUUUAACCAGAAGCAUACAUAAUAUACAUUCACUAAUAAUUAACUUAUUGUAGCAGGCAUUGAAAAUUAACACCAGUUUCAAGCACAAGCCCACGUGCUAGUAGGUAGCCAGCUAAUCUUUAUAUUUCAGGUUUUGCAAACUUGGAUCUAUUUGCUAGCUAAACAAGGCAGAACAGUGGAGUUAUGAACACACCCUUCUGUCUCAACUGUUGAAACAGCAUGCUAUCCUGUACUUGGUUAAGAUUGAAAUUUAAUGGCCUAAUUAAUCAGAACGAGACAUUGCCAAUCAUUUUGUCCUUAUUGCAGAUUUAAGACUAGACCACUACUAUACGUCUUUGCUAAAAUGCUGCUCGCUGUACUUGGUAGUGCAAGGCUGCAUGUGACCAACUGAGCAUACAUUUUUGUUAGUGUUUGCAAUUUCAGUAGUUCAGACAAAGGGUAUUAACUUCUCUAAAUUGUCCAUAUGAUUUAUUUUUUUGAUGGACCAAACCUUAAUUGUAAAUAGCAACUUUUUUGUUGUCAGAUCUGUCCAAAAUGAGCCCAAUGGUUUGAGUUUAGCUUGGAUUUAAGCUUGUCACCUGCCUUCCCGCCUUUGGGACAUCUCCCAUUUUUAGGGUGGAGACGUUCAUCUAGUCAUUUAUAUACAGUUCUCUGGUGUUAGUGGGAAGGAGCGACUAAGUCGAGACCAAAAAGACAUGAGAACAAACAGACCACAACACUCAUGAGAAAUACAAACAUUGAUUCUUGCGAUGUAGGCAUUUGGAAUAUCGCUCAAAUUAAUUUGAUCGCUCAGCCCUAAUUUGUCUGCCAUUUUUUAGAUUGUUGGGCAGGACAGAGGAAAUAAUCAUACCUUUGUCAGAUUGUGACAGUUGAAUUCGAUUUGGCAGGGCUUCAUAAAUGUUUUAUACUGAAAUGGAAUUAAAACUCAUUUUUAUAAAAACCACAA